GUAAAAAGGCAAAAAACUUCCAUGCAGCCGUUACAAUAAGACCGUAGUGUCUUUUAGCCUUCCCCAGGACACUUCUUACAACUACGGAACUGAUGACAGAUACGGAGUGUAUUUUGGAGCCUCUGACUCUGCCAGAAAGUCCAGCGAGUCCAGCGGGAGUUGCUGCUGUAGAGGAUUCUCCAUAUGUGCCUUGCAUUUUCUGCAAAGAAUGCUAUAUCCUACCGGAACAAAGCCAGCUCCUGAAGCACAUGAUAAUUGAACACAAGCUUGUCAUCGCUGAUGUGAAACUGGUGGCAGAUUUUAGAAGGUAUAUCUUACAUUGGAAGAAGAGGUUUGCAGAACAACCCAUCACAGACUUUUGUAGUGUGAUAAGAACAAAUUCGGAAGCUCCAUUAGAAGAACAAGACAACUAUUUUCUUCUCUGUGACGUCUUACCGGAAGACAGGUUACUUAGAGAACAACUUCAGCAAAAGAGACUGAGAGAAAUUCUAGAACAGCAACAGAGAGAGAGAGAUGACACAAGUUUUCAUAGUAUGUGCAUGUUCUGUGAUCAAGAAUUCACAGGAAACAGAUCUGUCCUUCUCAAUCAUAUGGCAAGAGAGCAUGCUUUUAACAUUGGGCUGCCAGAUAACAUUGUGAAUUGCUGUGAAUUCUUGGCUGUAUUACAGGAGAAGCUUGACAAUUUGCAGUGUUUAUACUGUGAAAAAAUCUUCAGAGACAAAAACACACUUAAAGAUCAUAUGAGAAAGAAGCAGCAUCGCAGAAUCAAUGCCAAAAACAAAGAAUAUGACAGAUUUUAUAUCAUUAAUUACUUGGAAUUUGGAAAGUCCUGGGAGGAAGUGCAGUCAGAGGAUGAUCGGGAAUUACUAGAUAACGUGGAAGAAGACUGGUCUGACUGGGAAGAGCAUCCUGUGUGUGCAGUUUGCCUGUUCUGUGAACAACAAGCAGACACCACUGGAAAACUCUAUCUUCACAUGCAGAAAUCACAUGGAUUUGACUUCCUUAAAAUAAAGUCAGAACAUGGUCUGAACUUCUAUCAGCAAGUAAAGCUAGUGAACUUCAUAAGGAGGGAAAUCCAUCAUUGUCGUUGUUACAAUUGCCAGGAAAAAUUUCAGUCUAAAGGAGGAUUGAUAAGUCAUAUGGAAGAGACAAAACACAUCACAUUCCUGCCACCCAGGUCUACAUGGGACCAACCACAGUAUUAUUUUCCUACUUAUGAAAAUGAUACACUGCUGUGUACACUGUCAGACAGUGAAGAUCUGGUAACUGAGGAUCAAAGUGAAGAUAUCCCCGUUGUAAGUGAAGAUAUAUCCAAUCUAAAAGCUCUCAAACAGAGCAGUGUUUUAAACCAGCUACUGUGUGAAGAGAACAACAGUCAGGAGAAAAACUGACCUUGAAUUACAGUUGCUGACCUUUGAGUGUUUCUCCUGGAAGACAAAAAACACAUUCUUCCACUCGUAUUGGACUACAGUUCACCUCAUUAAUGUUGUCGCUGGGCAAAUAUUACAUGAAUGGGAAUGCUAAAUAAAAUUUAUGUGCAAA